AAAACAAAAAAAGAAUGGUAUCAAGAAAAACGGAAAAAUGAUUUAGAAUGAAUGUCAUUCCAUUUCAUUUCCCUUUCGAAACUGUAAGGCUAGGAGAAGAUGGAAGCAGCAGAGUACUUCUCCAAGGACUUCGAGUGGGAGGAGCUGAGAGCAGAGGUCGAAAACGAUCCGUCGUUACGCUGCCACUUGCUCCCAUUCGAAUCUUCGAAUCCCUCUUCAAUAAAAGCUGCAGAUGAAGAUUCAGCGGCAUGGAAAAGGUUUCACGUCCGUCACUCCUCCGGCAAAUUCUUCAAGGAGAGACGGUAUUUGCUAAAGGAGUUCCCAGAACUAGUCUCAUGUGGAGAACAUUAUAAGGUUUUGGAGGUGGGAUGUGGCAAUGGUAGUACUGCUCUCCCAAUUUUACGUGGCAAUGAACACAUCAUUGUGUAUGCAUGCGAUUGCAGCACUGAGACUCUUGAGAGGGCUGAAGAGAUUAUAGCUGCCGCUAAUGUAGCAUCUGUUAGACAUCGUUUCCAUACAUUCUGCUGUGAUUUUUCUACAACUGGGUUUCCAGAGUGGUUGGGCUGCCAUACUUGCCAAGAAAUUUUUCUUCAAAAGCAGCAAAUUUGCUUGUCAGGUUUUGAUUUUCAUCCUUCUCAUUGCUGUGUACUUUUGUUGUCCCCAUAUGCAAUAUAUACUUCAGAUUUCUUUUUUGCUUCUCCAGAUGUUAAAGAGAAUAAUAGAAAUGAUGCGUAUUCAUUGAAAGAAAGACACUGUUGCAUUGGUGGGGUGGAUUUUGUUACCUUGGUAUUCACUCUAUCAGCUGUACCAUUCCAGAGGAUGCCAACAUCCAUCAAGGAGUGCUUUUCUGUUUUAAAGCCAGGAGGCAUACUUUUAUUUAGAGAUUAUGGCCUCUACGAUAUGACUAUGCUUCGAUUUAAGUCAGACCAAAGAGUGGGGUUCAGGGAGUACAUGCGUUCUGAUGGAACCCGUUCUUAUUUCUUCUGUCUAGAUACUGUUAGACAUCUCUUUUUGGGCGCAGGCUUCAUUGAGCUAGAACUUGAAUAUUGUUGUGUUAAAUCUGUGAAUCGCCGAAACGGGAACAGCAUGCUUAGAGUGUGGGUUCAUGGGAAGUUUCAGAGGCCUAUGUGAAGUUACUUGUUGAGAGAGACUUUUCUCAGAGGUACCAUUUGAAGAAAUGGAGAUUUUUCUAUUUCUCGCCCUACGGUUUGCUGUGAAAAGCUGCUGUUUCAUAUCUAUAAUUUUUUUAGAGCAGAGUACAUCCUGCCAAACAAUGUAAAUUCAGGACAACAGUGAGGGAGGGAGGGACCGUUCUCGCCCUAUGGUUUGAUCAUUGCUGUUGAAAAACUGUCUUUUUUUAUUUUUUAUUUCUUAUUUUUUAUUUAUAAGAGGAGAGGGAUGAUAUUAUCAAUUUUAUUGAUAGCCCUCAUUUAUGGCAGAGAAAUGCCAUGGCUAGGGUUCACAAAAAUCUUUAAACCAUGGCUUUAAGAAUGUAAACAAUGUAAAUGUAAAAACUACAUCGACAAGGUAAAAUCCUUCAAUAUUUUAGAGUAAUUAUUACUUUUAA